AUGGCGACAAAUGCACGCACAUCUUUCUACACCGAAGUCCGCGAACGAUACGGCGCACCGACCGUUCAGCUCCUGAAGCUUUACGCCAAUAACAACACGAAACUGGGCAACAUGCAAAGUCGGAAAGAGUUCCUGCUGAAAUGCCGGCGGAAUGGAGUUGUACCCUCACACAUUCUCCACUCUCUCCGAUGCACAAACGAGCUUCUUGCAUCGAGCAGUCCCUGCAUCAGAAAGCUAUCUUCGACAGUUUCCCGAUUCCAGAAGUCACUGCUAAACAUUGAGAUUCAGGAUACCUGUCAUCGUGUGCGAUCACUAAACCAAGAGCUGGAUGCACUGCGAGAGCAAAUAGUGAGCCACACCGAUCGAGACACAUACGCAUACUACUUCCUAACACAAGAGUUUGCAUACCACGACAACCUCCGUCGAAAAUCAAAACAAACCGCACGGAAAUAUAGCCGUCUGAUGAAUAACUCCGUGGCGGUAAAUCAGAGUCAACUGCCGACGGAAAACUCCAGCGCUGUUCUGAAUGCCACCAACAAAACCAUACCCCCAGAAACCCUCAUCCUCUUGAGUCUCGGCCCCAAGUUCGCUCUCCCAUACACCAACAUAGCACAGAUGCCGUUCUUCCAUUUGAUCGCGGAUGUCGAAAACAUCCUAGCUAUGCACACGGAUAUCGCCGUCCGGGAACAAACGAGAUGUCAGAUUAUUAACAAGACACAAAACUUCGUCAACAAAAACAGGCCUCUCGGGACCGAUCCACUGGAAAAAUUCUGUCGAACCGCAAGCAACAUCACCAAGAAGUUCAUAAAAACAAACCCGGACAUACUGAUCACCGAAGCUGACAAGGGGAACCGUACAGUCAUAAUGCAUCUGGAUGACUACGAAAGCAAGAUGGCACAGCUGAUCGGGGAUACCAGUACAUAUCAGCAGGUGAACUCGGAUCCAACGAGCCGGUACGAACGGGGCAACAACAACAUUACUCACAAGCUACAACGCUGUGUGUCCUCGUAUAUACGGACAGCCGAAGGCACACAAGCCGAGCUUACCGCUCAGGCCAGUGGUUCCCAACACAACAUCUCCUACGUACCAUUUGAGUAA